UGCAAACCCCGCCCCAUAAGAAAGAAGCCAUAGUCUAAUAUGGUUUAUAUGUCUUUAUAUGGAGCGAUGGGCGGAGCUUCAGUGACCACGGCUGUUUAGUGUCACUUUCACCCAAUUCGUUAGCCUACUACGAUUCUCAGAGAUGAGCUGGACAGCUGGCGGGUGAAACGCACGGGACGGGUGAAAGACCUCCGCUUGUAAACACUACGCACAAGUUUUAUUCGAACUGAACUGGACGGAUCCUUUACGAACUUUCCCAGUGAAAAGACACGUGUACACGGACGGAAUUGUAAGUGUUUAUUAUAAGGAACGCUUGAGAAUUUUAUUUACGCGUUUUUUGCAUUAGGUGAAUUAUACAAUUGUCAUUGCUUAUCGCGUCGGGGUUGUAGCCUAUUUGGGUCUCAUCGAUUCCACAAAACGCCCAUUAAUAUCAAUAAGAUCGCGCAUUAAAAUCGAAAGCUUUCACGUGGGAUUUUCAAGAAGAUCGCGAAGCUUCAAACUGAUCGCUAUGGUGGUCUUGUGACGGGACUGGUUUUGUCGCAAGGACAUUGUCGUUUUUAUUUUGGACUGCAACAUGUUCUGUGGAUUUUCGAGGUGAGAAUUAAAACCUCGCGUUGCUUUUUAUUCAAAAGCUAUGCCACCAUCUCGCUCACUUUGUAAACUUUAGGAUUAGAGAACGAAAGUUUCGUUCAGCCAAGUUUUUGUCGUGGAACGAUCGCUUAACGUUUAACGUCACAUACGGGAUCGUUCGUGAUCUCCUUCCCGCGUGAACGGAGACGCACUGUAUCGGCUGUUACCGCGAAAGUGUUACGGGAUAGCAUGGCAAUGGUAGUAAAUCAGUGGCAGGAGAACAUUUCGGCCGAUCCCGGGUCCCAGCUGCAGAUCUGCAGCCAGGAGCCGGGAGGGACCCCGGGAACACCCUCGGGUUCGACUCCGGGCAACGAUGCGCUCUCCGGGGAUAAGAUUCCCAACGUGGACUGCAUGGUGUGCGGGGACAAGUCCAGCGGCAAACACUACGGCCAGUUUACCUGCGAGGGAUGCAAGAGCUUCUUCAAGCGCUCGGUGCGACGAAACCUCAGUUACACCUGCCGGGGGAACCGCGACUGUCCCAUCGACCAGCACCAUCGGAACCAGUGCCAAUACUGUCGACUGAAGAAGUGCUUGAAAGUGGGAAUGAGGAGAGAGGCUGUUCAAAGAGGUCGUAUGUCUAACUCGCAGUCCAGUCCCGGGCAGUAUCUGAGCAACGGAGGUGACCCGUAUAACGGCCAGCCGUAUCUCUCCGGCUUUAUUUCUCUGCUCCUGCGGGCCGAGCCGUACCCCACCUCCCGUUACGGGGCUCAGUGCAUGCAGUCCAACAACCUCAUGGGCAUCGAAAACAUCUGUGAACUGGCCGCCCGUUUGCUCUUCAGUGCGGUGGAGUGGGCGAAGAACAUCCCAUUUUUUCCUGACCUGCAGCUCAUGGACCAGGUGGCUCUUUUACGCAUGUCGUGGAGUGAACUCUUUGUUCUGAACGCCGCUCAAUGCUCCAUGCCAUUGCAUGUAGCGCCCCUGCUGGCUGCAGCUGGUUUACACGCCUCUCCCAUGUCGGCCGAGCGGGUUGUGGCCUUCAUGGACCACAUACGCGUCUUCCAAGAACAGGUGGAGAAACUGAAAGCUCUCCAGGUAGACACGGCCGAGUACUCGUGUCUGAAGUCUAUCGUGCUCUUCACCUCAGAUGCCAUGGGUUUGUCUGAUGUGGCCCAUGUGGAGAGCAUCCAGGAAAAGUCCCAGUGUGCUCUCGAGGAGUACGUGCGGAACCAGUACCCCAAUCAACCCAACAGAUUCGGCCGCCUGUUGUUACGGCUGCCUUCCCUGCGCAUCGUCUCCUCUCCCGUCAUCGAACAGCUUUUCUUCGUACGCCUGGUAGGCAAAACGCCGAUCGAGACCCUUCUGCGGGACAUGCUGCUAUCCGGCUCUAGCUACAACUGGCCUUACAUGCCCGUUCAGAGAGAUCGGCCCAUCUCCCUUCAUUACAACGAAAACGGCCCCUGAUCCCGCCCGUUAAACCGUACCACGCCCCUGCUGUAGGGUUAUGACUGAUACAGAGGAUCUGACGGUAAGCCACGCCCCUUUCUGCCACAUCAUCACCAUUUAUCUGAAGCAUCGGCUGUUUGUUGGAGCACAUUGUUUUAUGUACCGCCAGUCAAGGUGGCCAAAUGUACAGUGUCCAUUCUUGAACAUUUUACCAGAACUGCUGUUGACUUUAGAUGGACAUUGAAAACGGCACCACUGUUGUACAGUGAAAGCCGGAGUAUAUCGAAAAUUGAAACUAAAAUCCCAGCAGCUGAAUUAGGUGGGACACGGUUUGUUAUGUCCCACAAUAAACUCAAGAGACCGGCCAGAAUCUCACAGGACUCGAUGGAGAUUGCCAAAGCAAGACAGACAACAGAAUUCUCGGAGACAUGUUGUGGACCCGAUGUCUGGGGUUAAUUUUCUCCGUCUUGUUUUUAUUAUUUGCAUUUUGGUCUCUGAUAAAGUGGGAAAACUUGAAAGUGGCACUUGAAAUUACCCUCAUUUUAUGUGCUCUUCUCAGCUACAUCCAAAUAUUCAACCAAUUCAGAAGGAAUGUUGUCUUGUCAAGCACAACAUAAUAUGUCAGUAUUGUUAAGUGCAGGUGUUUAUGUCCUGUAGAAAAAACACAGGUAAAAUAGGGUAUUCUGGGACAAAUAUGUACAUAUAAAUAUAUGUUACUAGAUUAAUAAAGUAUCAAAAGGGUAAUUUGUUAAUCUGAACUGUUGGAGUGUCAAGCAAAAAUAACUGAGAAUACCCUAAUUUACCCUAAACCAAUAAACUCAUGACCUCAAUAAUGCCAAUAGUCUGCCUUUGAUGACCAGGUAUAUUGUGUAGCACAGUUAUCAUCAAGUUACUUUCUUGCUCAUAUGAAUAUGUUUAAACCCCCGUUUUCACAUUUUUAACAUGGCACUACAGCUUCCAAGGCAGAAUUUGGAUAUAUAAGCCAUUGGGACCUUUGAAAGCAGGACCUGUUUGUAUUAGUUCACAGAAUAUUUCUAUAAAAGUAUGUUUGUUUUCUGUAUUUUAGGUUUGGAAAUAUGAAUUCAUGAAAUAAAAUCUGUCAUGCACAGAA